AUGGGUUUUCUCGAGAAUCGACUAGAGGGCUCACCUCGUGGCAGAAGACUGUCCUACUUUACAGCGGUCCUCGUUACCAGUGUUUUAGCAUCGGCUUUCCUUUUCAAUGCGCGACACUGGACAUACCAUGCUCGAAUUGACGAGCAAGUACAGUCAACAUUAGACGAGCACUCCGAAUUUGCAUGGCACCAUAUCCCAGCGACAUCAAAUCUCAUCUACUACCCCUGCUAUGGAGAAUUUCAAUGUGCUCGUCUGGAACUCCCAAUGAAUUGGAACCGGACAGACGGUGCUGGUGAAAAGAUUGCUUUAGCAAUUGUCAAGCUACCAGCUAGAGUGCCUAUCAACGAUAAGCGGUAUGGAGGACCUGUUUUAAUCAACCCAGGCGGCCCAGGAGGUUCUGGCGUGUCCCUUCUCUUGAGAUGGGGUCAACGAAUUCAAACUAUCAUCGACUUCACCUCUGGCCAGCCAGAACCUAGUGACGAUAAGGGCAAGUAUUUUGAUAUAGUUGGUUUUGAUCCUAGGGGAACCAAUAAUACCACGCCGACCUUUUCAUGUUUCCCAGAUGCACAAUCACGGUACGAGGCCAAAUUGCAGAUGGAAGCAGAAGGUGUGAUGGGCAGUUCGGACAGCGCAGUUCACCAAAUAUGGGCACGCUCUGAGGCCUUAGGUGCGGGGUGCGUAAGAUCAGACAAGGAUACAGAGUGGUUGGGUAAUUUUAUGAACACAUCUCCUGCUGUCUUAGAUAUGGUUGAAUUCAUCGAACGGCACGGCGAAUGGCGCGAACACGAAACCGAAAGGUUAUUAUCCGAGAAAUCUGUUCAGCUUGCUAUUGAUGAAACAGAAGCGGCCGUCAAACAACGGAAUGCCUGGAAGAGAGGCAAAGAGAAACUAUUGUAUUGGGGAUUCUCCUACGGCACUAUACUCGGAAUGACAUUUGCGGCAAUGCAACCUCAUCGAAUUGAACGCGCAGCUAUUGAUAGUGUCGUCAAUGCCACUGAUUACUAUACCGGUUCCUGGCUGUCAAACCUGCAGGAUACAGAUUUGAUCAUGAACAAGUUCUACGAGUACUGCCACGAAGCGGGCCCCGAAAGUUGCCCAUUCAUGUCCGGAGAAACUGCAGCUGAGUUGAAGCAGAAGUUUGAAAACUUGCUAACUUCGUUGAAAGAGGAUCCAAUCGUGGUCCCUGGAUCUGUUGGUCAACCGUGGGAUAUAGUCACCUACAGCGAUCUAGUCCUCCUGUUAUCCGACACGCUAUAUGCUCCAUAUGUAUACUUUGACUUCUUUGCAAAGGUUCUUGCGGAAAUUGCUCAGAAGAACGGAACAUCACUACUAGAAUCUAAGAGACAACGCCAUAGGGAGGCAUCACCGGCGUCUACUGGUUGCCAGGAAGAUGCCAGCGGAAGAGACUGCUACAGCGAUGCACACGAGGCUGGCAUUGCAAUACAAUGCACCGAUUUGGUUGACGUAAAAGAUAUCAGCAAAUCCUCUUUUUAUGACUAUAGAGACACACUUAGGAACCAAAGCAAGGUCUUAGGGGACGCUUGGUCAGCUAUUGCAAUGGUCUGUCUAGGGUUCAAGGAGAGACCGGCAUGGCGGUUUGACGGUGAAAUCGGCGGUGAGACGUCGCAUCCGUUGUUAUUUAUAGGAAAUACACGGGAUCCGGUAACCCCUCUAAGAAAUGCCCAUUUGAUGUCCACCUUUUUUGCAAACUCAACUGUCCUCGAGCAGCGUUCCGAGGGUCAUGGUUCAAUUAGUGCCCCUUCACUAUGCACCGCGAAAACAGUACGGAAAUAUUUUCAAACAGGUGAACUACCGAGUACGGGUACAGUUUGCGAGGUGGAUGAACGUCCAUUCCACAUUGGCAAAAGCAAUUAUCAGAGCCAAUCACUAUCUUCCAUGGACGACGAUAUAUUGAGAACAGCCAUACAAACACUUAGCAGAGAGCCCAGUGUGUCCGAGCCCUGGUUCUGACGUGCAUAUGCGAUCUCUGCGCAAGAUCAGUCGUGCAUCUGCUGUCGGUGAAUAUAUUGAUCGCAUUUCGGGUUUGACUAAACCCGGUAUGAGGGUUGUUGUGGUCAUAAUAAUGAAAGGAAAAAGAGGCAUAUGCUAAGCAUGGGUAAAUAUCUUCAAAGCGGAACUAUAGGUCUUAUUUUUAUGCACAUAUAAUGCUACAAACCUCAGAAGUCAUGAA